AUGAACACACCGCAAACGACCACCGGAAAAGCUUCGACUCGAAAGCGAAGGAAAAGGAUCACAUCCGGUUUGAGGUCAACUCUUCCUUUGUCUUUGCUCACGGUACUUUUAGGUCUCGUGGUAGGACCGUCCGGCUGUGCCGGAGCACCGUCGCUCGCCGCCAAAUCCUGGCCAUCGAUGAAGACGUACGACAUUUGGGGAUCUCCCACGGUCACGGACGGGGCGGGCGUACGGUCAGGGGCAAGGUCGACCGAUUCCUUUGACCCAGUUUCGAACCGCCUCAAUGGUUCCGCGGCAACCGGUUCCGGAGCUAGACGUCGAAGCCGGUACAGCUACGGCGAACCGACGGGUGUCGCUUCCUUCUAUGGUGACGCAAGCCGGCAACGGGACGAUGGCACACAAACACGAAGACGUUCCGCGAAAGUGCUCAACUUCCUACCGGUGCCGGUGGAUGACGAGUGCCUGUCGGAUGAUGGCCGCCGGACGGGAAUGUGCAUGAACGUGUACGAGUGUCGCAUACAGGGAGGAACUGCUCGAGGUCAGUGUGCACUCGGCUUUGGUGUGUGCUGUGUGUUUGUUGCCACCUGUAACGAGGAGAUAGUGAACAACAUUACGUACUUUGUGUCGCCCGCUUUCCCCGGCAUCGUGCCGAAAGAUCUUGGAAGCUGCAAGCUUAAGAUAAAGCUGAUGAAUCCCGACAUUUCGCAGCUAAAGUUUGAUUUCAUUCAUUUCGCUUUGGGACAACCGAAUCGACGUACGGGAGUGUGUGAAGGCGAUCUGUUCAGGUUGAUCGGAGGCAUCAGCCCGUUUGACUUGUGUGGCCAGAACUCGGGCCAACAUCUGUACUACGAUCUGAGUCCGAAGAGUCGCGCCGACGAGCAGAUCGAGCUGGAGAUGAACUUUGCGUCGCGUUCGUUCGCCCAAAGGCUGUGGGAGAUCCGUGUGUCACAGAUACCAUUCAGUCAACGUUCGCCGAGCGGUUGUAUGCAGUACUUCACCGGCACCGAGGGUCUGAUACAGACGUUUAACUUUGCGGAAAAUGGACGCUACUUAGCCAACCACAACUAUCGAGCAUGUAUUCGACAGGAGAAAGGAAUGUGUUCGGUAUCGUACGAACCUUGCGAUGAUCAGUCCUUCCGCAUCGGGCUACCAGGUUCUGGACCAGGACAAGGAUCGCUCGGAGGUGGAGCAGGAGGAGGCCCACUGGGUGGGAUCGCACCGUCAGGCAGUCCUGGGGGACCCAUCUCCGGAACGGGACCCUUCUCAGAUCCAUCUUUGGCGGACGAUCCACUUGCACCAGCUGCCGACAUCCCCGUGGAACCAGCUCCUAUCGCCGAUCCAAUAGUGGAGGCAUCUCCCGAAGCACCCGCAGCCGAUUUAGAACCGGCCGCGGAUGAACCAGUUCCGGCCGAGGAGGAACCCGAAGUAGCAGCCGACGAACCAGCAGCUGACGAGGAAGGGUCCGGUGGGGGUGGGUUCUUUGACGGGUUCUUCCCAUCCUUUUUCUCCCGCAGCAUCUUCGACGACGAUGAUGAGGUGGUGAAGAGUCCAAAACGACGCAAGGGUCGUGCUAUGUCGAAACGGGACUGGCAAGCGCGACAGUUCGAGGGCAUCAACUGUCUCGACCGAAUAACGUUACCGUGCAUCGUGGAAGACUUUAUCGGGGUUGGUAUGGGUGAUCUACCCACCUGCCGGCCGGUACACUGUGGAAACUCACUAUGUCCGCCGGGUGUGUCACCGUGCCGGGUGGAAACAUCAGUAACACCGUUUCGGUUGGGAAUUCACUUUGGCGAAGGAAUCGAUAGGGGUAGCCCCGAGGACAACUUGGGUGCGUGUAUACGGUACAAUCAAAUUCCUUGCGGUGGUUAG